AACAUAAUGGCGGACAAAACAGACACCAAUGAACAGGCAGAAGGUACUUUACCUGCGAAAAGCACACCAAAAGAUGCCUUAGUUAUGGCUGCCAUUCUAAAAGAGAUGGGAAUCAGUGAAUACGAACCACGAGUUAUCAACCAAAUGCUUGAAUACACCUACCGUUACAUUACAACUGUGCUAGAGGAUGCUACGGUUUACAGUAAACAUGCUGGCAAGAAAGAUCUCGAUGCCGAAGAUGUGCAGUUAGCCAUCCAAUCCAGACUGGACCAUUCUUACACAAAUCCUCCACCAAGAGAGUUUCUUAUUGAGAUUGCACGGCAGAAGAAUCGACACCCUUUACCACAGAUUCAGACAAAGAGUGGCUUACGACUACCGCCUGACCGGUAUUGUCUCACCUCAACAAACUACAAAGUCAAGACACAAAAAAAGCAGCAUGCUCAGGUCCGUGCCAAUCCAGUGGUGGCUCGAACAAUCUCUCAGUCAGCUGUAUCAACACUCAUCAAAGCCACACCAGCAACUAUUGUAACAGUCAAAAUGCCAACUGCUACCCCAGUGACAGCCACAUCUGCUGGACCCCUGAUAAAUGCUGCAACAGCUGUCACAGCUGGUGUAACAGUAAAAAAGGAACUAACAGGGACCACUGUGGUACAGAAACAGUCAGUGCUGACUACAGGAGCACCAGCAAUACAGGUGAAAAGUGAACCAGGAGCAACUGUCACCAAAAGUCAGCCUAUCACAGGUGUACCAGCUAAAGCCUCUCAAAGCACAGGCAACCCAGCUUCAAUGCUUACAGUGUCAGCCCUUCCAAGCAUGGAUGAAACUGUUGCUAGCACCCAGCAACCAUUGAUAACACCACUUAAGCGAAAACAUGAAGAUGAGGAUGACGACUAUGAUACAUAACUUUCUGUUUUAGUUUCCCUUCGUGUUCUGGGAGGGGAGUGAGUGGGAAGGUCAUUUUUAAGCAUAACUGGCUUUUCUUUGUACUGUAACCUAACCCUUGUGCAUAACACACUCAUCUGAAUCCCCAUCUCACACCAUUUAGGCUAAGUUCAUUAAAUAAUAAAAGGAUUUACUCUUGUUCUCUCAUAUAGAUGGAUGUUAGGCUGGCUAAAGGUCUGAACAGUCACAGUUGUCUGACAAUAUUGAACAUUAUAUCAUAUUGUGCAAGUGUACAUGUAUCCCACAACAAAACAUGAAAGUUCUUGGGGCUUUUAAAGAACAUCAUUUUGGUCAGUUCUAGUGGUAACCCAAGAAACUCUACUAUCUUUUGGCCAGGACUUCAUGGUUAAAAAAAUACAGCCAACCAUUACAGCUAGGUAGAUUUGCACAAGUGGGAAAGGAUUUCAUCAGGGAAUUGUAUACAAAUGGAUCAGAGAAAUAAAGACUUGCUUUCAAAGGC